AUGGGUUUGGUUCUGAGUGCAGCAACCGGCCGAGGUUGGACUACGGGUUCAGGAAUGGAAGGUCCAUCUAUUCCCGCCGGAUCGGAAUCGGAGUCCAACACGGAUAGGAUCUCGACCUUCCCUUGGUCUCUCUUCACCAAGUCGCCUCGUCGGAGAAUGCGUGUGGCCUUCACCUGCAACGUUUGUGGUCAGCGAACGACUCGUGCCAUCAAUCCUCACGCGUACACUGAUGGUACAGUCUUCGUCCAGUGCUACGUCAACCCAAGUUUCAGAUACAUGGAUCCUACGGGAGAUGUCAGCUUCAAAUAUUUGGAUAUGGGUGACGACAAUGAAGAUGAUGAUAUUUUCCCUGUCUUAUGA